AUGGCCCAUAUCGUAACACCGUUGGACCAGCCGUCGAACUACAAGGACUCGCAGUCAAAGGUGGACCGGCAAAAGCAUACUGACCUUCUCGCAAAAUCGACCACCCUAUAUAUUGGUAACUUGAGUUUCUACACAACAGAAGAACAGAUUUACGAGAUAUUCUCGAAAUGUGCUAGCUCGGAGGAUGGAGGGGGAAUCAAGCGGAUAAUUAUGGGGCUUGACCGGAAUACGAGGACACCCUGCGGGUUUUGCUUUGUUGAGUACUACACCCAUGCAGAGGCCCUGGCCAGUAUGCGAUACGUCAGCGGAACGAAACUGGACGAGCGGAUAAUUCGUUGCGACUUGGAUUUGGGUUAUAAGGAGGGCCGACAAUUUGGACGCGGUAAAAGUGGUGGUCAGGUUCGCGACGAACACAGACAAGAUUACGACCCAGGCCGCGGCGGCUGGGGCGCCCAAGCUCAACGACUGGAAAUGGAGAGACGAAGAGAAGUGGAAGAGAGAUACGCGGACGCCCAGGAUGGGGUUGGUGCGGUGGCUGGUGGUGGAGAUGACUGGAAGGACAACAGCGGCAGCGGUGUUACCGACAGCAAGAAACGAGCGAGGUCUCCAGACGAUGACGGAGAAGGUCGAAUGGGCCAGCGCGCGCGUAUCGACGAGGAUAUUGAAGCCGAGCGGAUGUAG